UCAUUCAAUUCAUAUAUACAUAAAUUCUUUUAUACCGCACUCUAAUUCCAUGGCAGAAGGCGGUGGCGAACCCGAAUCGGGUCACGGGUCAAAACCCAAGGCCACUUACGAAUCAUUCGGCGGCCGACUACGGUUUACAGUGGAGCUGAAGCCCGGCGAAACCACUAUUGUAUCGUGGAAAAAGCUUCUCAAAGAUGCCGCUGCAGGUAAGAUCAAAGGGAGUGGCCCAUUGCCCGGCCCGUCCACGGAGGUCCACAACACGGUUCCUGCUCCUGUUCCUGCGCUUCCAUCGGGGGCUCCAACUUUAAAGCAAUCUGGCGAAAAUGGAGCUAAAGAUUCACAAGCACAGCCCGGCUCCAAUCGUCUGAGUAACGUGAUUGAAAGAAUUGAGCGCAUGUAUGCGGGUGAUGGAAGUAGUGAUGAAGAAGAUGUUGUUCUAGAUGAUGUGCCUGAUGAUGAUGAAUAUGAUACGGAGGAUUCCUUUAUAGAUGAUACUGAGCUGGAUGACUAUUUCCAGGUUGAUAACUCAGCAAUAAAACAUGAUGGAUUUUUUGUUAAUCGUGGGAAGUUGGAGCGCAU